GUGAGCUAGCACUAUAAAUCGGCAUCAGUCCGGACUGGUACAAGCAGCCACACACUAUAUAAAUGCAAUAAUCUUGGACGCGACGUUAAACCCUCACCUCGUUUCCACUGUCAGGGUAUCGUUGUGCAGGAAAGCCCGAAGGAAAGCCCGAAGGAAAGCCCGAAGGAAAGCAGGAUGUACUCGUGUAUCAGUUUAAUGACACCCACCAUCAUAGGUUCGUAUUGUCAGACUAAACAUAAUACUGUAUAUUUUCACGUAUUUACAGAAUAUGUAUGUACAUACAGAGUAUUAGAAAUUACCUAUUCCCGUUCUAUUCAAUGGAAUAAUUUCCUUUAAACGUCUGACGUCGGCAAUCACAUCUAUUUACUAUUUCAAGUAUGGGCGAGAUCGGUGCAAUGUGGCACGGGUGUGGAACACAGUAAACAGAAGCACCCUUAUCGAGUAAACCGGGUGCUAAAAACAGAACACUUUACAUACCAUUAACCCCUGAGGUAUAAUGCUUGUCGUCGUCCUCAAGAUGUUCCAUGUAUUGGUCGCUUUUGUGCACGUGACCUGUGGGGAGACUUGUUCGUGUCGUGUCAGAGUUCAUUAUCGAUUAUUCCACUGUGUGAUCAAUACAAAGAGUUUGGGUUUAAGAAAACAUUAGCACUGAUUGCUCGAUGAUCCAAGAUGUGCACUGUCAUCCGGAAUGAGUUUCGCCUGUGUAAUUUCGGGUUGAAUUUCCAUCACCCUGAAUACUUUGGGACAUCACAGUGGAGAUGGCCCCGUCCAGUAUAUCUGAUCUACCGUCUUGUGAUGGCGGGAUAUACUCUGUUUGCCCUCAUCUAUGCGCUGGCGAGAGUGGAGGCCGGCAGCAGCGAACCAUCAACAGAACCAGUGUUUAAUGUAAUGGCGUACUUGACCAACUGGUCAUAUCUGGUUCUCACAUUCCAUUUCUUCAUUGCUUUCGUCGUCGCUGUUGUAUGUUACAUACAUGAGAAGUCUACAAAAACAUACCCAGUGGCCAAAAGCGCCCCGUCUAAACAGGCCAGUGUAACCGCAGUAGACAAACGCAACAACGGCAUGGAAAGUCAUGUAAAAAGUACCGUCGAAGCUGACAUUGAGACAAAUAGAGGCUUGACAAAAUCCGAAUCCAAACCUCCAGACGCAAGUGAGACUCAAGAUUCGAAAUUGACGCCCUGGUAUUCCAAAAUAUCCUGGAUCCUGGCAAACAUUACAUCAGAUACUGCCAUCAUUGUGACGUCAAUCUACUUUGGUGCGUUAUACAAGCCUUCGUCUGGCAUCACACUGUCAAACCUGAACGUCCACGGCCUCAACUCCGUCUUCAUCAUCAUUGACAACGUUGUCAGCGCGCGACCUGUGCGUAUCUUACAUGUUUUUCACACGUGGAUAUACGCUGCGGUGUAUAUCAUCUUCAGCCUCAUCUACUGGGCAACUGACAGGGCUGUCAUCUACAAAUAUGUACUGGACUGGUCUACUCCAGGGUCUACUGUUGGCAUAAUGUUAGGCGUGGUCGUGCUUGCAUUCAUACUGCAAGUUGGAUACUUCGGUCUUUAUCAACUUACGCUUUUUAUUUAUAGCAAAAUAUACGAUAAAGACAACUGACCGGCUAAAUCCCAUAAAUGACAUCUAGGGGAUGAAGAGGGCCGUCUUUAAUGAUGUCCGAAUUGACUUUUUCGGGAACACUUGGCAUUGUCACUAUUUGAUAGUGAUUCAUAAACACAUUCUUUUAUGGUCGGAAUCGUUCAAUGGACUUUCGUUUUAGCAGAGAUGACUUAUGGAUAUGAAAGUGGUUCUUGACGCUAUUAUUUAUACGUAUCUGAUUUUGCAGGUACGACUGUAAAUGUUUACCAGUAUAACCAGUAUAAAACGUUGCUCGUAUAUUCCUAAAAUGUGAAAUAUAUUUAAUAUAUAUAAUGUUUUAUACUUGUGAAAAUAUCAGGUAGUGCUUCCAUUCUACGAAAAAGUUACAAAUGAUAUGCAUGAGGGAAAAAACCCACAUAAACAUAUAUAUACUA